AUGGCCCAAAGACGCCUACCCCCCCUCCGCCUCGGCAUCGAAGCCGUCAAGACCGACGACGUCUCGCUCAUGUCCGCAGUCAUCGCCCAAGCCUCGGAACCCGACUCCCGCCAAAAAGCCGCAGAAGUCAUGCAGCGCAGCCUCGCCCGCGCCUGCUCUCGCCAUGCCCUUAAAGUCCUCCGCUACCUCCUGGACGAGCAAGGCGCCGACGUCCACACCAUCCACCCUAGAAACCUCUUCCAUGCCGAAGGCACGGGCCCUUCGACCGAAGUCCUAAAGAUUCUGCUGCAGCAUGGUUGGGAUAUCAAUAGCCGGCAAGAUCGCACCGAUGCCCCCUUGCUCUGGCGCGUGACGGGUGAUUAUGAGUUGACGAAAUGGUGUCUCGACCACGGCGCCAGCGUGCAUGUUCCCGGCGACACGCCGUCGCCGCCGAGCGGUAGUGGUGCCGGUCCCGUGCCGCGGACGCCGCUGCUGGAGUGCGCGGCGCGAAGCGGCAACGUGCAGACUUUCGAGCUCCUACGUUCCGCAGGUGCGAAAAUGACGCCCGCGGUGUUGUGUCGGGCGUGCGACGCAGCGGCGCUGUACGUCCCUUCCCCGGCUAACACGACGAGCAUCGACAUGGACCUCCACAACUCCGCUCGCGAGGAAAGGAUGGCUGUGGUCCGAUACUUGGUCUCCACCCUGCACCUCGACGUGAAUGCCGAGGGUCGUUGGGCGGGCUCCAGUUGCACGACUCCUUUGUGCCAUGUCGCGGACAGGAGCAACCGCGGCGACAAGGACGCCAGGGAGCUGAUCUGGUUCCUUAUGGAUUCCGGGGCGGAUCCGAAGUUGAAAGGUUCGAAGGCGGAGCUGGGGGAUGGGCUGGGCUUGAGCGCCGUGGAGUGCGCGGAAAUGAUGGGGAAUGAGGGCUUUCUGGCAGCGGUCAGGGAGUGGGAGGAGAGAAAGAAGGGCGGGAGUGAGGGUGCCCCGUUAAAUAGAGCCGUGACAUGUAUAUCCACAGAUCUUUACGUUUGCAAGCGAUACUCAUGCCUUUCUCCGAAUAGCACCAGUAGUGAGAAUGAUGAUAAUGACGUUAGGGGGGUUGAAGGGCUUGUUACUGUCCUGUUGCAUGGCGGCUCGAUACGACUCAGUGAACUGUUGUCAAAAGUAUAA